CCAUUGAAAUAAAAUGAGAAUGAAGCAAAGAAACACAUCAAACACAUUUGAGAUGGAUAACCCUAAUUUGGUAGAUUUUUAAAAAUAAAACUCCAACAAAUGCAUUUAAAGGGACGCGAUCUGGAAUUCCCCAACAAAUGCAACCAAAUCGUAAGAGAGGAGACCACUCCCAUGGCUGAAAUUCUCCAACAAAUGCAUAUAAAGGGACACAUCCCUAAUUUCAUCCAUUCAGCAGCAACUCCACCGAAACAGAGCAGCGACAUUUUUAAAAUCCAAAAAAAUCCAUCAGAAUCCAGAUUGAAUACACCCCCCUAAAUAUUGAAAAUUCUGAGUGAUUGUCUAGCAUGAUUCAAUUGUCGCAUCCCUAUUCAUUCUUCUUUCUUUGUUCCACGGCUCCCAAUUCUAGUGUUCAGAAGUCGAUGGGUGUAUAUGGUACUGUCCUCCUACUCAUACUAGUAGGACGUGCAGCUUUUGUAUUCCCUCUCUCUGCUCUUUCCAACUGUAUGAACCGGAACCGCACAAGAUCAUCGUCAAUAACAUUGAAGCACCAGGUAGUUAUAUGGUGGGCCGGGUUAAUGAGGGGAGCUGUAUCUAUUGCCUUAGCAUUCAAGCAGUUUACUCACUCUGGCGUCACACUAGAUCCCACCUACGCUACAAUGGUCACAACAACAGUCAUCGUAGUGCUCUUCAGCACAAUAGUAUUUGGUUUUCUGACAAAACCACUUGUAAGUUACCUUCUUCCUCAUCAUCAUGACAGCAGCAGCGGCAUUGACCGGGAACCAAGUAUCUCUAAGGAAGACAUGAGGCUUCCAUUGCUUUCGUUUGAGGAAUCAGCAACAACCAACAUUAUGCGCGCAAAGGAUAGUUUGUCCAUGCUCAUCGAAAGGCCCAUCUAUACUGUCCAUUCCUAUUGGAGGAGGUUUGAUGAUGCCUAUAUGAGGCCAAUAUUUGGUGGGCCACAUGCCAUGAACUCUCAAGAUAGAAGGUAGGUUGCCCCCGGGGCACAACUCAGCUGACAAAGGCAGUUGGUGAGCCUUGCUAGCGACCUAAAGGGUGGGGGUUCAAGUCUUGGAGGCGUCUCUUUGGAUUUGGCCCCUUGAAGGUGAGAUUAGCCAUAACAAAAAUCAUGUCGUCCCUGGCCAGUUGAGUCACAUUGCGCAAUUGAUCUCAUCCACCAACCCCAGUGAAGGGGUGUGGGAGACUUUGGGUGGGGAUUUCACCCUUUUUUUUCAAGAUAAGAAGGUAGGCUAUCUGUAAUCAUGGAUCACUUUAAGAAUGAAAAUAUCAAUCUUGU